UGUUAGUGUCAUCAAUGCCCCAUCACGAGCCAGUGGUCGUUCGUCACUAUGAACAAGGCGGAUGUUUGCAGGCCGUCCAAGGAUGAACACAGGGGAGAAACGCACGAAGGAGAUAGCCUACAGCUAACGGAAGAUCAGUUAUCCCAAUUCAAGGACGCCUUCACUUUAUUCGAUAAGGAUGGCAGUGGCAGCAUUCUUUCCUCGGACUUGGGCACCGUCAUGCGCUCCUUGGGAUACAAUCCCACCGAAGCUGACAUAAAGGAUAUUCUUGGCUCUGAAGAGAUCCGUGACAGGAUCGACUUCCCAGAAUUCCUGACCAUCAUGGCGAAGAACGUUCGUGCGCUGGAUACCGAAGAAGAAAUCCGUGAAGCUUUCAAGGUGUUCGACCGCAACGGCGACGGCUUCAUCAGCACUGCAGAACUGAGGCACGUAAUGACCACCUUGGGCGAGAAACUCUCCACGGAGGAGGUGGACGAGAUGAUAAGGGAAGCGGACAAGGAUGGCGACGGACAGAUCAACUACGACGAGUUCGUCAGCAUGAUGACGUCCAAGUGACGACUCUCUUCGAGAUAACGCCUUUGCUUGAUCAGUAAAAGACCAAAUGUC